AUGACUCCGUCAGAUUCAACCAAGAAUCCUCUUUAUGGAAAAGCGUCGGGGUUGCCGACGCUCAUACCUUCAGGAACUCAGCGACUAAACUUAUGGGCGUCUGUGCUCAAGCAUAAGUUGAAGAUUGUGCUUGGAGCAGGUGUGCUCUGUGUUUUCGCUAUUUUCAACAUCAUAGUGGCAUCAAAUAACUCUCUUUACGCUCCAGACUUCUCCAAUACACCUGGAACUCAAUACUUUGACUUGGCAAACUACAAGGGCUCGGCCGAUGGUUGGCAACGCGAUGAGCGAGUCCUCUUCUGCGUGCCUUUGAGAGAUGCUGCCGCCCACUUGCCCAUGUUCUUCGGCCACAUGAAGAACCUUACCUACCCUCACAAUCUUAUCGAUCUAGCAUUCUUAGUCAGUGACUCUAAGGAUGAUACAAUGGGGGUGCUCAAAAAGCAUUUGUUGGAAAUCCAAAGACAUCCAAACGAGAAAAUGAGGUUUGGAGAGAUCGAGAUCUUCGAAAAAGAUUUUGGUCAAGUGAUCGGUCAGUCAUUCAGUGACAGACACGGCUUUGCAGCUCAGGGACCAAGAAGGAAAUUGAUGGCCCGUGCCAGAAACUGGCUCCUAUCGGUAGCAUUAAAACCGUACCACUCGCACGUGUAUUGGAGAGAUGCUGAUGUUGAGACUGUGCCUCGUACAAUUCUAGAGGAUUUGAUGCACCAUGACAAGGAUGUCAUUGUACCAAACGUGUGGCGCCCCCUUCCAGACUGGCUCGGCAAUCAGCAGCCGUACGAUCUUAAUUCGUGGCAAGAAUCAGAGGGCGGUUUGCAGCUAGCCGACACCCUUGAUGAGGAUGCAUGUAUUGUCGAAGGCUAUCCUGAAUACCAGACAUGGAGACCUCACUUGGCCUACUUGAGAGAUCCUUACGGCGACCCUGAAGUAGAGAUGGAGCUAGAUGGAAUCGGAGGAGUCUCGAUUUUAACAAAAGCGAAUGUCUUUCGCAGAGGAGCACACUUCCCUGCAUUCUCUUUUGAGAAACACGCCGAAACAGAGGCGUUCGGAAAAUUGUGCAAGAGGAUGGGCUUCUCGGUAGUAGGCUUACCACACUACGUCAUCUGGCACAUUUAUGAGCCUUCGCUGGACGAUUUGAAGCACAUGGAGUGGAUGGCGCUCGAAGAGAUGAGACAAAAAGAGCAGGCGAAGAUUCAAAAAGUCUACGAUAAAGUGUGGGGUGAAGGCUUUUCCGACAUGCAAAACGACUGGGAGAAAGAGAAGAACGGUAUUCUCAAAAACACCGAUUUCAGUCGAAAGAUCCACGUUGACUGGUCUGGUGUAGAUGACUUGUAUAUUGAGAAGAGCGACGACAAGCAACUCGCCGAUUUUCAUCCAUAG